AGCUUUGAGCACAAACAAAACGCGCUUAGACAUCACUCGCAACAGAACCGCCGCUCGUUACGUGUCCGAAAAAUUCAAUAGAAAGCGAAAUGAGUCACAAAUUGAUUGGUGCCUGCCUGCUGCUGAGCUGCCUGGUCGCCGCUGUCCACAGUGCUGCGAAGGUGCCCAUUGCCAUUUACUACGAGUCCCUGUGCCCGGACAGCGCCAAGUUCAUUACGGAGCAACUCUAUCCGGCCGUAAAGGGGGAGCUGCGCGAUGUUGUGGAUCUCACAUUUGUGCCGUUCGGCAAGUCCCAGUUCUUUACGCAGGGCUCCGAGGUGACCUUCACCUGCCACCAUGGACCGAACGAGUGCUACGGCAACAAGGUGCAUGCCUGCGCCAUCGAGCACAUCCAGGCCAACUCCUACCAGAUUGAGUACACGCGCGAAUCGCUCACCCUCGACUUUAUCAACUGCCUGAUGCGUGCCGGCAAGAACUUCCCGGACAACGUGUACCCCGGCCAGCGCUGCGCCACCGAGAACCACAUCAACAACUGGGAGAACAUCAAGACCUGCGCCAACACCACCGAGGGCAGUCAGCUGCUGCGUAAGGCCGGCGAAGCCACCGGCCGGCUAAAGGAGCCCCUCACCAGCGUGCCCAGCGUGCUCUUCAAUGAGCAAUUCGAGAAGAAGGUCAACGAUCGUGCCCAGGUCAACUUCAUUGGCACCCUCUGCCAGUACGUCUCUGCGCCCCAGCCCCGCAUCUGCGCUCAGCACAAUGCCGCCGUACCCACUGGCCUGGCCAGCGUAAGCGCCAUCCUUAGCUCCCUGCUGGGUCUUUGGUUUAUCCGCUCCUUCUACUAAGCUGUCAACUGUGCAUCUACAUCUACAUCUACAUCUGAAUCUCAAACUGCUUCCACCCCAAACUUCCGUCCAAUAAGGGGAAUCAUCUCCAUGAAUUAUGAUUUGUUUUUCUCUUUUUUGGUUCUGUUUACUGGUUUGCUUUUAGGCCAAUUGACACCCAAGCCGUCCAAACGUUCAGCUCGAAUAUGUUUAGCAGAGAUCACAUUUAUAUUGCCAGAGCUGGACUGCUCUUAAAUGUAACAAUUAAAUAAACAAGUUAAAAACAGAAACAA